AUGACACAGAACUGAUGAGCUGGGUCAGCGCAUGCUGAAGCGCACAGUGCACAAAAGUCACCAACAGGGGCGGACUGACAACUCAUGGGGCCCCCGAGCAAGAGGGGAUCAUGGGGCCCCUGUGUCCCUGCCCAAACUCAAAAAAGCCUAUGAAAAAGGUACCAGGGGCAUCUCAUGGGGCCCCCUACUGACCCCGGGCCCUCAGGCAGUCUUCGAGUUUCCAACUGGUCAGUCUGCCCCUGGU